GGCUGUAGCUCAGACAAAGGCAGUGUGAGAUUGUCUCUCUAUCCUGCAGCAUCCACACCCUCGCAGCACAAGACACGGGCUCUCCAAACCCCACCACAGACAUUCCACAACUUGUGUGUCACUAUGGAGCUAGACUUCGGACACUUUGAUGAAAGAGACAAGACCUCCAGGACCACAAAGGGGGCCCGCAUGAACGGGCUGCCCAGCCCCACGCACAGCGCUCACUGCAGCUUCUACCGCACUCGCACCUUGCAGGCUCUAACCAAUGAGAAGAAAGCCAAGAAAGUGCGUUUCUAUCGCAACGGCGACCGGUACUUCAAGGGUAUCGUUUAUGCCGUUGCUACUGACCGCUUCCGCACCUUCGACGCCCUGCUAGCAGACCUCACCCGCUCUCUCUCUGACCACAUCAACCUGCCACAGGGGGUGCGCUUCAUCUUCACCAUCGACGGAUCUCGCAAGAUCACCUCCAUGGACGAGCUGGAGGAGGGGGAGAGCUACGUUUGUGCUUCUGAAAACUACUACAAGAAGGUGGACUACACCAAGAAUGUCAACCCCAACUGGUCAGUGAACGUCAAGGCUUCAGCCAACCAGAAAGGCUUGCAGUCUCUGGCCAGUGGGAAGGUGGCCAAUGAGGUGAAGGAGAGCAAGGAUUUUGUGAGGCCCAAGCUGGUCACGGUGAUGCGUAGUGGUGUGAAGCCGCGGAAGGCAGUGAGAGUCCUCCUUAACAAGAAGACGGCACACUCCUUCGAGCAAGUCCUCACAGACAUCACAGAAGCCAUCAAGCUGGAGAGUGGGGUGGUCAAGAGAAUUUACACACUCGAUGGCAAACAGGUAACAUGCCUCCAGGAUUUCUUUGGGGAUGAUGAUGUCUUUAUUGCAUGUGGCCCUGAAAAGUUUCGUUAUGCCCAAGAUGAUUUUUCACUGGAUGAGAAUGCACGCUUUUCCUCUGGAACCAAAUCCAAAACAGCCCAGGGGGGGUAUAACCAAGAGUGCCAUGUUAUGAAGGGAAUCCCUAAAGGAGGAGCUCAGAAGAGCUUGGCAAAGAGUCCAGGACCUGCCCGACGCAGCAAGUCACCAGCUGAAUCGACCAAUGGCACAUCCAGUAGCCAGCUCUCCACUCCUAUUUCAAAGCAGUCUCCUAUCUCCACACCCACUAGCCCGGGCUGCCUCCGUAAGCACAAGGACCUGUAUCUACCCCUUUCAUUGGAUGAUUCUGAUUCACUUGGAGACUCCAUGUAAAGCAGAUCACCAGAAAGCAAAACAACAAACACCCUUGCAGUUGAAUUCAAAUCUGACCUGCUAUUUGCAGAGGUAUCUUUGGUGCUCACCAUCUUGAAAACGCCAAAAUGAAGCAUCCAAUAGACUUUCUUUAUAAAUUGUCUUUGCGUCACACAUUAUGACUACCCGGUUUUAAUAACACUGCCUGAUAAACAGUUUGUAGCUUAGGAAUUUAAACAAAAUGUUUUUACUUGAGGUACAAAGGUAAUUAUGCAGUUCAGUACGUGAUCGUCUUGCCAUUUAAAAGUUGGAAACAAAUCAUGAAAUCAGUUUUUUCAAAUCAUAACUAUGGUACUGUAAAUGAUGAUUUAAAGAACUGUUGUCCAUUAUGCUGUGUCAGCUGUAACCAGAUUUUCAAACUAAAAAGUCAUUUUACAACAGACAAAACAAAAAUAUACCACUGUCUGCUUAAAGGAAUAUUUGUAUCCAUAAAUUAGUUGUCCUUUAUGGUCAUAGUAUAUAAGUAUAUAACAUUUCCCUUAAAAGACCUGUUUAAAAUUGUCAUGCAUUUUUAGCGUAACUGGCGCAAUUUGUGAUUCUUGGAUUCAAAGGAGUUAAAGCAAUGUUAAUAAGGCAUACUCGUCUGGUGGCACAGGAGUUGUUAAGUUUAUAGUGUGACAUUUUCUGUUUUAUUCUCCUGGAAAGGCUGUAUCUCUCUGCAGUGAAUUUAAUUAGACAAAUUUAAUGGUGUGCAUAUGUAUGAAAUAGAAGGCACACCAAAUCUACUGUUAAUAGCAUAAAUUGAGUACGGCAUUACACUUACAGGACACUCAUCUGCUGUACAAGCUAUUCUCAAGCAAGAGGGCUGCAGUACUAAUUUCUCAUAAAGACCUCACAGAGUGUCUGUCUACAGCAGUGAUUUCAUUACUUUACAUGUAAAACCACUACAUCGAAUAAAAUUUCAUGCUUUCGCUUUUGGAGAAACAAUUAAACAAUACAUAUGAAUUGUAACUGUCUUGAAUGCUUAGACAGAUUAGUAGCAAGAAAAGAAUUUUCUGGAAGAAAGUGUAACAAAAACAAAAAUGCCGUGUACGUGUAUAACAUGUUUCAUUAAUACCAAAGGUAUUCCUAAGAUUCCCUUUGGGAAAAGACAGCAUUAGGCUACAGAGUUAAACAACCCUGAUUUGUUAAAUAGAAAUUAAACUUUCAUUUGGAGGCUUAAAUUUAACAUUUUUUAUGUUGUAAGUUCUACUUCUCCAGGCAUUGCUACAGUUAGAAUGUUUUUUUUUUUCCAGGCCAGAUAUAUCUCCCAAGCUGUUGAGUAAUUUGACCUAAACUAUGAUCUACUCUGAACGUGUUCUUGUUUAUAUAACAGCAGCCAUUAUAGUGAAGUGUUCUAGGGUAAAGGAGGCCAUUUUUUUUUGGUUCUCUCUUCAGAUGAAUGAAAUAUGCAAACAGACAUUUGUUUUAUUCUGCCUCAAAUAUUUUUUCACCACAAUGAAACCUACCCACUCUGAAACUGAUUGGUUAAUAUAUACAGUACAGUAUAUAUAGAUUACAGCAGAAUAUUUACAUUUUGGACCUGAAACAAGAGAAAAAGUUACAAAGUACAUUAGAAAACAUGCACCUCCUCUGUUGUACUGCUAACAAUAGAGAAAUAAAACAAACACAAUGUGAAACGUGUAGUUUAGAGUACACAACACAUACAGUAUGCAAUACAAAGAUGUCUAUACAUUUAAAAUGCAUAUGCUAAGAAUAUUAUGUUUUUGCAAUUUGUUGUUGUUAAUGUUUUUACAAUCAUUUCUAAACGUAAAUUGACUUUUGCAUUAAUAGAAGUGUCUCAGGCGAUUGGAGUAGAUUAAAUCUUUAAAACUAUUAAUUUGUUUAACACUGCAUGUGAGUGAUAUAAAAAUGGAAUAAAUCACAUAAUGUUUGCAUAAUUCAAACAGUGAAAACAAUUAGCUAAUAUUAGUUUUUCAAUUAAACCCACUUUAAAAUGAACACAGAACACUGUGAAAUUUGUACAACAAUUAAAGCAGGUUACUUUUUUAAACUACGAAACUCCAAACUUUGUAAAGAGAUCAUUUCAGUACAUUUUGGAAGUUCAUUUGUAAAAUGUCUAACCCUUUUUCAUAGGAAUAUUUUUUUCUACACUUUGUAUGAAUUAAAUAAAUGUCAAAAUUUUCCUCAAGGAGAGCACCGCCAUGCAACGUGGAGAGUGAAGAUAUUUCACUUCCUGUGGUGCCUUUUUAAGACGUACAAUAUGUGUUUUUAUAUACUGUAGUAAACAGGAAACCAUUUUGUUUUGUAAAAUAUUUUAACGUAUUUUAUGUCUGGAAUUUUGGGCUAACAGCAGUGAAUACAACAUACUGUAUGUUGUCUGAUUUGUUAAAACCAUAUUUUUUUAGUUUGUGGAAUACUAGAACACACAUUAUAGAGUAGGUUUGCUGUGUUAAUGUUAUAAAACUAGUUAUUUUCUGAUGUAAGAAACACAUUUGAGAUAUCUUCUUUUCUAUCCAUUGCUAUACUGGAGUUCAAGCCUUGUUUAGUCCUUUGCAAAUGCACCUUAUUGUGGAAUUACCCAUCACAUUUUCCAAUCAAAACAUGGAAACGGUUGUUCUAAUGCAUUUCAUUUGUUUACUCUUGAACAGAGUUAAAAUUCAAGUCUUUCUCUACUCCUACAUGGACCAAAGAGGUCACAGAGUCCACUAUGAUUUCAAGCACCUUCUGCAUAGAGAGAAUUGUAGCAUUUAAGGCUAGAGUUGAGUCAGAUUACAUCUAAGAUAGUAGAUCAAUUUUGACUUUUUCAUUUCAGGCAACUGGUUUAUUUACCUCUGUUGCAGCUCUCUGUUUAACACUUGACCAUCUGAGACCCUCUAAAAAAAUAAAUGACUUAGAAUUAUUCCCUUUUGUGACAACAUGUCUUAAUAUCUACAUGAUGUGGAAAUGAAAUAUAAUAAAUUGAUUCAAAUAGUUUAUCUUUAUUAUUUAAAAAGGAGAUUAAGUAGUCAGUUAUAUUUGCUUAUCAGUCCAGACUAGUUUGUUUCAUUAUUUAUCAGCAGUCUCUUUGUGAGGUUUUUAUUCUGGUAUACUCUUAUUUACCUUGCUUUCUGCAAUGAUUGAGACUGCAAUGGGGGAUGCCUGACCUUGACUAUUAUAUGAAUUUGAAAAUAGAGUAGUAAGCUACACUCUCUUUUCUUUAUUCCUGAUUAACCAGAUUCAGCAAUGUUCCAGACCAGGUUGCUAUAGUAAUUUAAUAAAAGAUCCUCUCCUCCUUUGAUUAGCAUUAUAACAAACCACUACCUUAAAUUGUUUUUGGAUAUACAAAGAGCAUUUUUUGCAGAAAAAAUAAAAAGCAGACACAGCAAAAAGUGGUAUUACUAUUCUAACCAUGAGCGCAUUGCCAUUCAGUCGUCCCUGUCACCAUGGCAACAUGGUGGUUUGCUUUAACACCAAACAUUAAUCUCCAGUAUAAACAGGAAUGUCUAGAGAAUUAAUUGCACUGUAAACUAAUUGGUAGCUGUUAGCUUGUGAUUCAGCUGUAUUGAAUGUAUGAGAAAGAUAAGGAAUGGAGAAUUGGAAAUUGAAAAGGUGCUUUGAGCUACUUUGGUCUGUUCUGGCAUACAGCUGUAGCAUCUCACAGCACCUGUGAAACAGAGCUGUACUAAAAAAAUGGAUGCCGCUGUGUUCUUUCUUCGCAUGAUACCACUAUAUAUGGAAAACCAAAAUGAUGGAGGAUUGUAUAAUGAUGCUGUGGAAACACACAGUGCGAGAUUUUACAGUAUGUGUUAUAUACAACACAACCUACUGUAUAUAAUCUAGUCAACCAAGGCUUAACGUUAUUUAGAAUGUGGCAUUAGAAUUCAGCAUUACAAUGGUUUAUCCCUGUAGCCCGUUUUAUGAUAAAAUCCAGCUAUUAGAUCUUUAUGGAUCAUCCCUGAUGGUUUCAAAUGCAUAGCAUUACUUUAGGUGCAAAAAAUACCAAUGUGGUAUCCCAGAAACAUUUUUGCAGGAAAUGGUUCUGGACUUUUCCUUAAUCCUAGUGAUUUUCCAAAUUGCACUGUUAUACCUUGUACAAACAGCUCAGAUAUGACUCCCGGUUCGCAUCAAAAAUGAAAAAAAAAGUCUCAAGUGCUAAACUGUAAAAGUGGAUUUAUCAAAAAUAAAAUAAUCUGAACAACACAAAAGCAGAUUAUUCUGAUUAUUCCAAUUACCUUGACCUCAUACUCAGCCUGUAUUUCACUGGCUCUUGAAAUUUUAAGCAUAAAAAGAGGUCCAUUCAUACUCUGUAUACUGUAAAUUAAAAGUUCAGCACAACCAUUCUCUUUUAUCAUGUCAAGUCAUAAAACAGCAUAAAAGGUUCAUAUUUACAGUACUUCACUAUUUCUCAUAUGCUCAAUGCUUAUUAAUGCACUCCUUUCUCCUUUUCCUGGAUAUCCUCAUAUUAGCUUAAGUUUAUAGUUUUUCUUUUUCAAAAAUGUGACAAUAUUUAAAAACAAGUGACUGGAUGUUUCAAUAUAUCAUACAACCAUUCAUUUUUAAAUGAUCAUCAUUUGUACUGAUGAUCUGUACUGUUGUUUCUUUUUAAACAACUGUAUUAGGAACUUGAAAUGUUAAAAUGCCAGUUAACAACAUCCUUUAGUGAACUUACAAAUAAUAACUACAUACUGUACUACAGUACUAAGAGCAAAUUGUUGGAGGAAAAAAGGACCAGUUUACUUUUUCAGUAAAAAAUCAGUGACUUGCUUGUUGUUUGCCUGAAGGUCUUUAAACAUUUCUGUGAUAUACAGAAUAUACACGGUGCUAAAUACAUGAAUGAAAAAUCUGACCUAGAAGUAAAUUAUAUUACAUGAUUAAAGCACAAGAGGUAGGUUGUUAUUAUUAUAGUCUUAAAUAUCUGAAAAAUCAAUCAAUUUAAAAAAAGAUUAUAAAAAUAUACAAGAUGCAGUCCGUCAGAGGUUGUAUUAGGUAAAAUACUGUACGUUUAAAAACAGACUGCAUCCUAAGAGGAAUCUGACAGUAUGCAGUGUUUGGUCUUGAGUGAGCUUCGCACCAUUCAGGACUGAUCAAAAGAUCAACACUUUGUCAAGUUCUGCUUGUUUUACAAUAAUGAACAAAGGUUUGAUAGACUGCUGUCUGUAUUAAAGCACUGCAUUAUACAGUACCGUGCACUAGAAAUACAUGCACUGUUUGAUUUUUAACAAUGCAGCAAAGGUUAAAAAGGGUUGUAAAUAUGUAAGCAACCUACAUUCCUAGCCUGGUUACUAUAAUUUGCAUCACACCACAUUAAUGGAUAAUUUUGUUUUCAUAUUUUCUUAUUUCAUAUGUGUAAAAUGGGAAUCUCUAUUAACUUGAUCAUUUUAGGUUAAUGGAAGUCAGAUUAUCUGGGAAGAUCUACAGCUUUAUUCAGUAAAUUAUUUAAUAAAUUCCUACACAGAAAAGAAUACUCAUAAACGCCCUCUGGUUUCUGUGCAUACUAUUUACCUGAUACUGUGUUUGAGGCAAAGAAGUUCCCUGUUUGUUUCUGUAGAACUAGAAAUUCAUACCAAAGCAGUAUUGAGUUCCUUAAUCUAAGCAAUUGUUAAAGUAACAUUUCAACCCUUGCAAAGAACUUACAGUUUGGGAUUUAGUUUUCCUCUUCAGAGUAUUGUGUGUGCCUCCAUAUUUUCUCACACAAGGGUGUCCAAAAAUCCACCUGUAUUGGAUUUCUUAAGUAAUGGUUUAUUGUGAACAGAGUUUGAAAGAGUGUGUGUACGUACUGUAUGAGUGUCUGCAUGUCAAGGUCCAGUCUCUUUUUUUAUACUGUUUUUUUUUCUUUAGGUAACCAUGUCCAGCAAUUGGAAUACUAGUUUAAAAUGGUUCCUGAAGUAUUAGAGAGGCGUUCCCUUUAAACAUUUUAAAGCCACUACUUUUAUACACACAUGAAAAGCAAGUUAGUGCCAAAAUUCUACUUCAUUAUCAAAUUCAUAAUAUGGCAGUUUCGGAUCGCUCAUCUCUCAUUUGAUUGUAUACUGUAUGUGCACGUCUUAGCUACAUUUGCUCUCAGUGGUGAAAAAAUGCUUUUUCUUAAAUUGCCAUUGUGCCAUUUGAUUUGUACAUAAAAAACAUUUUAUUAUUGACUUUUUAAGCAAACAUGCAAAAAGAAGAACAAUUCUGGUAUGUUGUUAUACUGUAGGUAGUAUGCUGUAACUUAGAUUAUAGGUGGUUUUGUGGAUUUAGAAACGCGUUGCUUGCAAAUAAAACAAGCUUUUCUCUUGCUUCAUUUUCUUUGCUUUUUUUACAUUUGAGAGAAUCAAAUUGCAUGGUCCAUAUCUUAUUGUGGCAUGGUCAUAGUACUGGGAUAGUUUGUCUUUCAUGGAAUGACAUACUGUACACUAUACUUCUUUCAGACUAAAUUUACUUUAUCUUCAUCAUCGCUGAAAGUUCAUCAAAUUCAGAUUAACAGCUUUACCUUACCGGUAUUUUCUAAAAGUUUCAAAACAGUAUAAAUUUCUCAUGUAUAGAAUUCAAAAGCUCAGAGAUAACUGCACAAGGCUAUACAAGUGAAAACUGAAACUCUUGUAUUUAACAAUCCAUGAAGAUGGCAAAUUUUAAAUUGUGACCAUGCAGAAUUUCUUAUUCAGAUCUGUAUUCCUUUUAAUGUACAUUUUCAGCGUGUGUUGUAAUAUCAAAAUAAUUAAUAAAUUUGGUUACAAAUA